AUGGUCGCCGACACGCUUAGUGUAUCCCCCGGAGGCUCGGGCGCCACGCUUGCCGAGUACGAGAUCCACGACGACUCCCACUCCCAGUUCCGCGUCGUCCAACGGACGACACUGAACCUUUCCAUCGCCUCGAUCUCCCUCGACGAUGAGCGCCAGUUGCCAACGAUCAAGGUGCUUGGCACUGGUGGGACGAUUGCCCUGAAAGGGUCUACGGGCUCCCAGACGGCUGGCUACAAAGUUGAUUUGACCAUCGAGGAGUUGGUGGCGCUGAUCCCCGACUUGACGCUCACGGCGAACUUGGAGUACGAACAGGUGUUUAACGUCGACUCCAAGGAGAUCAACAGUGAGGAGUUGCUUAAAUUGUACCAGAAGGUCAAGGAGGGGCUCAAGGAGUAUGAUGGUAUUGUGAUCACCCACGGUACCGAUACCAUGGAGGAAACGGCAUUCUUCCUUCAGUGCGCUAUCAAUACCGAUAAACCGAUCGUUCUCUGUGGCCUGAUGCGUCCCAGCACCGCCAUUCUGAGCGACGGGCCCAUGAACUUGUACCAGGCGAUCUCGAUCGCCUCUGACCCUUCCAGUCGGGGCAGAGGGGUGCUUGUGGCUUUGAACGACCGCAUUGGCUCUGGCUUCUACAUCACUAAGCUGAAUGCCAACUCCCUCGACACGUUUAAGCUGGCGGGUCAAGGAUACUUGGGCAAUUUCGUCAACAACGAGGUCCACUACUACUACCCUCCCAGCAAACCCUUAGGGCUCGUAUACUUUGACGUCGACCCCUUCGAUGCUCCCGAAGACGUGGUGAUCCUCUACGGCCACCAGGGCAUCAGCAACCGCGUCAUUGAGCUCAUCUUGUCGGGGCUGGCGUGUCUGGGGCUUGUGCUCGCCACCAUGGGCGCCGGGCUGAUGGCCGACGCCACCAACGACUUCAUCGCCACCCUCACUCGCAAACUGCAGAUCCCCGUGGUGUACCUGAAGCGGCUGAUGGAUGGGAUGGUCCCCACCGCCGCGAUCCCUCGCCACGCCACCAAUAGAGCUACGGGCGAAGUAUUCCCGUACACCAACGCCAUUGCUGGCGGCUACUUGAACCCGCAAAAGGCCCGCAUCCUCGUCCAGCUCUGUCUCGCCCAAAACAUGGACAUUGCCGCCAUUCGCAAGGUGUUCCAGCAAAUGUACGGGGGCUAG